UGUAAGCAGUAUGCGGAUGGUUUAUGUAUGGAAUUUGAGUGUAUUGUGUAACAUGUAAUAUUCUUUGUCCAUAACCUCAAGACUGCGGUAUUCAACUGUAAGGGCGUUAAGAUGAAUAAAAAAUAUAAACAAUCAAAAAAAUCUUUAAAAAAUUCGCCAAUAUUGUUCGAGGAUGAUGAGAUCGGUACAUCGUCGUCGGACGAAGUCAAAGUAAUUAAAUUAGCAGCGACGCCUCGCUCUAAAUCGUAUGUGGACCACAGUACUCCGAUUAAAAACCGAUGUAAUAUAGAUUGCGGCGAUUCCCCAGAUAUGAAUUAUAACGAAAGUCCGCUAGAGCCAUUAACGCAACAUCCGCCAAAUGAAGUUGGAUGGGAUUAUCAAAGAAUUAUUAAAAAGGAUGAAGGUGCCAAAUCUCCAAUAUCAAUGGAAAUAAGUAGGACACCCAAGCGAAGUGUUCUAUUGCCUAAAAAAAGAAAUUCCAAUUCGCCUUUACUUUAUAAGCCACUGAAAAAGAAACUCAUACAAGAAGAGCAACAAGAACACAUGGCAGGAUUUAUGGCAGAACUCAAGGCAAUAGAAAUGAAAGCGAAACAAAUUGGAGAAAAAAACACAGAGGUCGUUUCAAACGCCAAAGAUGAAACCGAGAGCCGAUUGAUUGUUGAGCUAGAUAGCCAACCUACAGAUUGUUCCGAUAUUAAGCUGCAGGUAUCAGCUAUUCAAAAUGAGUCCUCGAUAGAAGAUACGAUGGAUAUAAAAAAGAGCUAUAAUGCAUUAUUGGAUGAUUCGAUAGAAGACAUAAUGGUUCUUUGUAGUCAAGAGGUAGAGGCAAAAGAGUAUGGUAAUACAAAGAUGCAAUAUAAUAAUAGUUCGCAAGAGAAAAGUAUGUCUCCAGAUGCAAGUUUGGAAAAAACGUGCAUAACAUUAUUUAAAGAAAAUCAACGAUCAUUAAAUAAUAACGAAAGACUUAUCGGUGACAAAAACUCACCUACAAAUAAAAAAGAAUCCGGUUCUCUCGAGAUUCCCGAUGAUUCUUUCGAUGAAUUUUUUGUCGGUAUUGACGAUAAAGAUAUUGGCAAAAGUAAUCAAGUUCCUAUUGAUAAUUCGUGUAAAUCGGUUGGCCAGAAUAGUAAAACUAAUGGAAACAAUAAAUCAGUAGGAGCGAGCACGUUGAAUUCACAAAAAAAUUCAAGUCAAAAUAAAUUCUUUCAAUCUAAAAACUCAACUUACAUUGCACUGCCAAAAGGUAGUUCCGCAACUAAUAAUUAUACAAACAAUUUUCAAACUUCGAAUGCCUCUGUUCAAAAUAAAGUCAUCAAUACAAAAGCCAGCUUUGGAUACUUGAAUAAGAACUAUGUAAGGAACAAUAAUAGUUCGGGUUACGAGUCGCAAACCCAAAACAGCGAUAGUAAUAGUAGUAUUAGCACCAAAAGUAGCAAUACAAGAUUAUUUAAGGCUAAAAGUUAUUCGGAUUCAAAUUUCUUACAUCAAAAUAAUUCAAAUAAUAAUAUUGGCAAUAAUUACAAGAGUAAUUCUAAUUUUAAUCUAAAUUCGGCGCAACAAGAAAAGGAACAGAUUAAGAGUUCUGUUAGUCAAAAUGUAAAAUCAAAUUACUAUGAUUCAAAUUAUACGUUGCAAGGUAAAAGUUGGCGUAGAAUACAGUCUAGUUCAUCUAUUGAUAAAUCGAUUAUUGACCAGCAAUCAAAUGUACAUAGAAUAAGUAAUUGUGACAGAUCGCAAUUACUUUCUACAGCUGCCGAUAUAGAAAGAAAGCGUCAAGAAGCAAUAAUGAAGAGAGAAGCAAAAUUAAAAAUAAAAUUUGAUCAUAUGUCGUUAAAAAGAUCGAUACAACGUCCAAUAAAAAGAUAAGGUGAAAGUAUGUAGAAAACGUCGGUAAGAAUUAAGCUUUUGUGAUAGUGAUUCAUGUAAGAACUGUAUUAUUUGUAAAUGUCGAUGUUAUAAAGUAAAUUAAGAAACAAACUGACAAAAACACCAAUGAUGUCCUUAUGUGUCUACUUUUAGUAGGACUUGUAAUAUAUAUUUAUUAUUUGUAAGUUUAGAGAAAUCGAUAAGCUUAUUAAUAAAAC